AAGAGCAUGAUGCACCCGAUGCUCGGAUUGGAUGAAGUGACAAAGGUAGCCCCGCUGGUUCGGGCGUUUGGCUGUUCCUGUGUCUUGACUCCCGCUUUGGAAAUAGAGGUAGGGCUGGCUCCCAGUCGGUCCCAGAGACCCUCCCACUCCUCCCCCACCUUCCCGCAGCUGGGACCCGCUUCGAGCUGUUUUUGGCCACGCGCGCUUAUCGGAUAGACCUGCAGUCCCGCAGAGAGGAAGGGCGCCCGGGCCGCCAGCCGCGCGGGGAGGACGCCAGCACCCAGGUGACGUCCCGCGGGCCGCCGCGAGGGGGGCCGGGCUCGGGCGUGGGCGCGCCCCAGGGCGCGGCGGGAACGGCCUGGCGCCAGCUCCACCAGUCGCCCCUCCCCGGGGCUGGCUCGCCGGUAGUGUCUGAUUAUUGGGGGAUCCCUCUCCAUCCCAGAAGCUUUAAUCCCUGGAAGUCCAUGAACAAUGAAUCCAUUUCACUCAUCUUGUUGGAACACCUCUGCCGAACUUUCAAACAAAUCCUGGAAUAAAGAGUUUGCUUAUCAAACUGCCAGUGUUGUAGAUACAGUCAUCCUCCCUUCCAUGAUUGGGAUUAUCUGUUCAACAGGGCUGGUUGGCAACAUCCUCAUUGUAUUCACUAUAAUAAGGUCCAGAAAAAAAACAGUCCCUGACAUCUAUAUCUGCAACCUGGCUGUGGCUGAUUUGGUCCACAUCAUUGGAAUGCCUUUUCUUAUUCACCAGUGGGCCCGAGGGGGAGAGUGGGUAUUUGGGGGGCCUCUCUGCACCAUCAUCACAUCCCUGGAUACUUGUAACCAAUUUGCCUGUAGUGCCAUCAUGACUGUAAUGAGUGUGGACAGGUACUUUGCCCUCGUCCAACCAUUUCGACUGACAAGUUGGAGAACAAGGUACAAGACCAUCCGGAUCAAUUUGGGCCUUUGGGCAGCUUCCUUUGUCCUGGCAUUGCCUGUCUGGAUCUACUCGAAGGUCAUCAAAUUUAAAGACGGUGUCGAGAGUUGUGCUUUUGAUUUGACAUCCCCUGACGAUGUACUCUGGUAUACACUUUAUUUGACAAUAACAACUUUCUUUUUCCCUCUACCCUUGAUUUUGGUGUGCUAUAUUUUAAUUUUAUGCUAUACUUGGGAGAUGUAUCAACAGAAUAAGGAUGCCAGAUGUUGCAAUCCCAGCGUACCAAAACAGAGAGUGAUGAAGUUGACAAAGAUGGUGCUGGUGCUGGUGGCAGUCUUUAUCCUAAGUGCUGCCCCUUAUCAUGUGAUACAACUGGUGAACUUACAGAUGGAACAGCCCACACUGGCCUUCUAUGUGGGUUAUUACCUCUCCAUCUGUCUCAGCUAUGCCAGCAGCAGCAUUAACCCUUUUCUCUACAUCCUGCUGAGUGGAAAUUUCCAGAAACGUCUGCCUCAAAUCCAAAGGAGAGUGACUGACAAGGAAAUCAAAAAUAUGGGAAACACUCUGAAAUCACACUUUUAGGAAAGUACAUGGAUCACCAUGAGUCUAGACAUGAUUAUCUUACUGGUAUUAUUAGAAAGGGCAGGUGUACCGAUAUGUUUAUGCCCAUUUUUCUUGUGUACUUGUGACUCUUAGCAGCAUGGAACAGAAGUGUAACCAUGCAAAUGCAAUGAGUUUAAUAUGCUAACU